GCGGUGCGCUAUGGAGUUUGCUGGAGAGUGGUGCUGAAGGGACAGCUCCCACGCCACCCUCCUUAGGGGAGGGGCUGCGCUUGAAAGACAAACCUGAGUUGCAUUUUCACCUUCAAAUUAGAGUCUUCCCAACCAGCCGCUCGGAUUACAGCAGCCAGCACCCUUAGGUGCUCUGACCAGCCACCCAUGGUUUUGCUUUCUCUCGGUGAUGGUUACUCUUCAUUCCGAUGUUGAAAGAUUGCAUGUAUCGGGCAAAAUGAGGGAAGCGAGAUCUACCAGCAGGCGGUGGGGGCUGCUUUUAUUCCUUUCGCAGUUCAACACCAAGGGCGGUGGAAUAGCCACCUGAACAUGGGGAGAAAAACAACAAGUAGUUCUCGCCUGACAGGUCGGCGGAGGAUCCGCCAACAGCUGCGAAGAAAACAGCGUCUUGUAUAUGAAGAGGAGCCUCUCUCUCUCUCCUCAUUAAGUCAUGUCUGACCCAGAGAGAUGGGAAAGCUCGAGGAUAACGAGAGGGUGAUCCUCAACGUGGGGGGCACCCGGCACGAGACCUACCGGAGCACGCUGAAGACCCUGCCGGGGACCCGGCUGGCUCUGCUCGCCAGCGAGUCCCAGAGCGAGUCCUCGGGCGGGGAAGAGCAGCCGCCGGCUCCCCCGCCACCGCCUCCCCCCAUCCUGCCCCCGCAGGUGCCGGGCGGCUGCCCGGAGGCCAGCAGCGGCGGCAGCCCCCGGAACUGCGGCGGCCCCAGCGAGUUCUUCUUCGACCGGCACCCCGGGGUCUUCGCCUAUGUGCUCAACUACUACCGCACGGGCAAGCUGCACUGCCCGGCCGACGUGUGCGGGCCGCUCUUCGAGGAGGAGCUCGCCUUCUGGGGCAUCGACGAGACCGACGUGGAGCCCUGCUGCUGGAUGACCUACCGCCAGCACCGCGACGCCGAGGAGGCGCUCGACAUCUUCGAGACCCCCGACCUCAUCAACGGAGAGCCGCCGCUCGACGGCGACGACGACGACCUGGCCGCCAAGCGGCUGGGCAUCGAGGACGUGGGGGCGGCGGCCGGGCCCCCCGACGGCGUGGGCGGGCGCUGGAGACGGCUGCAGCCCCGGGUGUGGGCGCUCUUCGAGGACCCCUACUCCUCCCGGGCCGCCAGGCUGUUCUGCCUGCUGCUGCUCUUGUUUCCAUGGAAACAAGCCAGCUCCUGACUUCCUGUUUCCAGUGCAAACAUUCUCUCUCUUCAACUUAUUCAUCUUAGAAAAGCAUUUUGCCAUGGCUCUGACAUAAAUGCCACACAGAUGAUCUGUCGUGUCAUUUCAGAAACAGAAGAUUUUAUAUCUGCAUGCAUGUGGCCAAAUUCAAGUCUCAGUUACUCUGGAAUAAUCUGAAGAAAAUCCAGUGAAGUCAAUGGAUUUGUGAAUUUACAUUAGUGUAACUGAAAGCAGAAGUUAGCCCAAAAUAUGUGCACUUGCAUACAUAGCUAAUGAUAGUACAGUGUGAGAUUUAUUUUCACUUGGGUAAUCUAUUAGACAAAAUUGUGUUGUUUUCUUUUAGUUAAUACAUAAAGGGCAAUCGCUUGUAUUUUGACCUUGGAAAAUACUUAAAUAACAGAAUAAUAGUUACCUUGAAGAAGAGUACUCAUUUAGAUGGAAUGGCUGAAGUAGAUUAAGGCAGGAGGAAGACCCUCCCCAGUUUUGGUGGCUGUUGUGAUAGGUCUCAAUACUAUGUGCUGGCACAGUGUUGCAUCCUCAUAUGGUCACAAGAUGCAGCCAGGCAAAGAGAAUGGGAACACAAGGAGAGAUGUAUUGGACAGGUGUUUGUGCCCUUAAGGUGCCCCAUAGUCAGCUAAAAAGAAGGCUGUGUGAGUAUGUGUGUGUGCAGCAUGAGAAACUCAGCAGAGGCACCUCCCUGGUGCUACCUUUUCCAGUUUCUACUAGGAUGGAAAAUCUGUAUUGAUGCAUAACACAGAAAGGUGAGAUGUCAGACAAUUCUGAAAUCCCUAAUGCAGUUUCCUGCAUUUAGAAGAUUUUUAAGAUAUUUUGCAUAACAUUCCUCUGUCCAGGGCUGUCUGUAAGUUACAUAACACUUUUUGGGGGUGACUUUCAAGACCCACCCACCGUUUGUACCUCUUUGUAAUACUGAAACACACAUGCAAAAAUUAAGGACCCACUCACCUCCUAAUGUGUUAUAUAAUUUAUGGACAGCCCCAGAUUCCCUUCCGCACCCCUAAAGAGAGGAGAGGGAGCACCUGUGUGUGACCUUCUCUUCCUGUGAAGUUUUCCCAGUUACUUUCUUACGCCAGGAAAGGAGGGGUGGGGAGGAGUGAGAAAUCUUUUAAUAAUAGAUAGUAUUUUAUAGAGCUUUAUAUAUUCAAAGCACUGUACAGGCAUUUUAGAGAAGAGGGAUACACCAGUUCUUCCUGGCUAUCUAGCACUGUUGCUGCUCUGUCAUUGGUGAAGAUGGUUGAGAGCUCCAGAGACUCCAGGUCUUGCUGUUGCUCACACUUUACAUUUCCCAACUAAUGGAGUGGAGAAGAGGGAAUGCCCUGGUGCCAGGUCAUCUUGAGGGAGGAGUGCUCUCUCUCUCUCUCUCUCUGUGUUUAGCAGAUGAUGGGGAGAUAUGUUCCCUUGUCCUCCUCUGUAUAUAACUCCUCUUCAUACCAUUUGUCUGACAAGGAGAUUUAUAUAUGUGCUUUUAUAGCCAAUGCAGAAACUUGUUUUUUUUUCCUGGCAAUUUACUUUUCAUUGGUAAUAAAUUUACAAAUAAACAUGUAUUUAGGUUAUAACCUUUCAUCUAAUAUAGAAUUACAGUAUACAACUCUGGUGUUGGGGAUUUAUAUAGUAGCAUAACUCCCCCACAUAAUGGUGAUCAAACAGGUACAACAAUGUUUUUAAAACAAUGUUAAUUGGUUCUGUUAAUGAUUUUAUCCUAAUAGCUUACUGCUCAACAUACCAUCCUUAUUUGUACAUAACACCUGUUGGCUUCAAUGGGAGUUUGACCUGAGUAAGGAAUGUAGCACUAAGUCCUUUCAUACAGCAGAUACAAUUUUAAGUGAUGAAAAAAUAAAGCUGUGAAAUAUGUACAAAC